AUGAAGAGCUGGUUGGAAACGGCUAGCAGCAUGGAGGACGGGUCAAUGUCCUGCAUGCUGGCUGAGUCAAGAGAAGCGCUUCUGCCAAUCACUGGCACUGAGAAUUUGGCGCCUCGGAAAAGAACAUUAGAACCCUGUGCACUAUCCGAUGAAGCAUACCUCUCUAGUGGCACCGGUUCUCCAUGUGCUGGCUUAACAAGAGAGGAACGCAGGCGACGCCGGAGGGCAACACUAAAGUAUCGCACAGCUCACGCCACAAGAGAACGUAUAAGAGUAGAGGCUUUUAACGCUGCGUUUGCUUCAUUAAGACGUCUUUUACCAACCCUACCACCAGAUAAGAAGCUUUCUAAGAUCGAAAUACUCAGACUGGCUAUAUGUUACAUUGCAUAUUUGAAUCACGUUUUAGAUGCUUGA